AUGGGUCGAGGCAAGAUCGAUAUCAAGAAGAUCGAGAAUGUAAACAGUAGGCAAAUCACUUUCUCAAAAAGACGCACAGGCCUGUUGAAGAAGGCACAUGAACUGGCGGUUCUAUGCGAGGCAGAGGUUGCGGUUAUAAUUUUUUCCAAUACGGGAAAGCUUUUCGAGUUUUCCAGUUCCGACAUGAAGAGAACACUUUCAAGAUACAACGAGUGCCAGGGUCCGCCCGAGGUUCUCACACCAGCGGUCAAGGCAGAGGAACCCAAGGAGGUGGACUUGCUCAAACUCGAAAUGGCAAAACUUACAUCAAAACAUAUGCACUUUUUGGGUAAAGACCUCACCGGGAUGAGUGUACAAUUACUGGGUGCACGCGAACAACAACUCAAUGAAGGGUUGUUAAGUAUAAAGGAGAGGAAGGAGAAACUAUUGCUACAGCAACUAGCACAAUCGAAAAUGCUGGAAAAACAAGCCACUCUGAAAAACGAAGCUUUACUCAAACAGGUAGAAGAAUUGAAAGGUUUCUUUACAUCCACUGGGCAAUUGGCACCACUUGUCAUAGAAAAAAAUGAUUCUGGGUGCAAAGGUGGUUCUGGUAGUCGUGAAACAGAAAAUAGCGGGCUCGAUGAUGAAAUAUAUGACACCACUUUGACCUUGUGGCCAACAUCCAGUGUUUGUCGAAAAAGGAAGAUGUCUAAUGGCGAAGCUAGUACAAGCAACACUGAGACUUAA